GCAUCAGACUAAGACAGCCAACGCUUUUGGUCUGUGGACAACUACUGGAUCCGAUCCUUGCCUUUCCUUCAGGAGACAGCCACUGCUGGACCACUCGGACCACAGCCUCUCUUAGCCUCAAAAGCCAAGCCAUGUCUAAGGAGCAGCAAGAGAUGGGUCUGCUGAGGGGUCCCCACAUCUCAACUUCCGCACCAACCACCACGAUCAACAUGCCUGCUGAGAUCUCCAGGCCCGAUCACGUGACCUGGUCCAUGUUCAAUACCCUCUUCUUUAACUUCUGCUGCCUGGGUUUCAUAGCCUAUGCCUACUCUGUGAAGUCUAGGGACAGGAAGAUGGUGGGCGAUGUGACUGGGGCCCAGGCCUACGCCUCCACUGCCAAAUGCCUGAACAUCUGCGCGCUGGUCUUCAGCAUCAUCAUGAUCAUUAUCUUCAUCGCUCUUUACGCCAAUGGACUUGGUUCUGGGGCCUUCUAGGCCUGCCUUGGGCUCCGCUGUCUGCAGCUCCCCACACCCUGGUCUUAGUCCUGACACUUUUACCCCCCCCCCGCGCACCAGCAGCUGUUAGCUCGCAUAUGUUCACGGUGGAUUCAAUAAAGUGCACGUAUUGACAACGA